AUGCCUGCCUGGGUGGUGAACAGCCUGAAACUGCUCUUUUCUGAGGUGCAAGCAGGUUGGUGCAGUGGGGGUGAUACAGAUGAUGAUGGGACUGCUUCAGCAUCUGGUACACCAAAAAGGCAGCGUGUUUGGAAUGAAAAGAACACCCUCAAGACAAAUAAAGGUGAUGCUCUUGCAAACCGUGUCCAGAACACCUUGGGAAACUAUGAUGAGAUGAAGGAUCUGCUAACUAACCAUUCCAAUCAGAGCCAUCUUGUAGGAAUCCCAAAGAAUUCUGUCCCACAGACGCCCAUUGACAAAAAUGAACAGAACUUUUUUUCAGAACAAAGAAACAGGAUGAUCCCAUCUCAUCAGAUCGGUGGCCACUCAUCAACAUCAAUGCCUCCACCUUCGUCGCUGUCAUCUAAUUCUGUUUUGCUACACAGUCACCAGAGCAGCAGGAAGUCGAGGACAGACUGGUCACGCAGUGGUCACAACUCUAGUGGUGCCCAGCCAAGCCAAUCCAGUAGUCAGCAAAGUCGGACAAAGCAUAGCUCUUCUCAUGACCAGCCACAGGGCAGGUAUGAAGAUCUCUAUAAUUGUCAGAGUGAGCAGCAUAAAAGUGGAGGAACUGAUGAACCAAAUUCUAUGGCAGCAUCUUCACAUUCAAGGCGGCAUACUCAUUCAAAGUCAGCAGCUGGAGAACAUACUUACAAAGAAAACAGUCAUUCAAAAUCACCCACGGAGCUUGAGUUUGUAGGUCAUGGUCCUGGAUCUCCACUUCCUUCCACAUCUUUGUUGUCUGCAAACAAUGGUCUUUCAAGCCAGAAUUUCCCACCAGGACUUCACUGUAAAAGCAGCAUGGUCCAGCAAAAGCCUACGGCGUAUGUUAGGCCAAUGGAUGGUCAGGACCAGGUACCCAAUGAUUCACCUGAACUGAAACCUCCCGUAGAAAUUGAGAAUGGAUAUGGAAAUCAGUCCUUUGGAACACUGUUGGAAGGAAAAGUAAACACACCUAGUUCAAAGAACAAAGUACCAAAGCUUAAUAUUCCUCCUAUUGGUGAAGCAGCAACAAAGACUGAUGUGUUUUGCAGUAGAGCUUGGAAUAAUUUUCUGGGAACUGCAUCUGAAAACAGUAAAAGGCCUAUUUAUAUCAAAUGGAAGGCGAGGGUUGCUUGCAGAUGGUGUUUUAUUAGAAAAUAUAUUUGUUAAUAAACAUAGCUUUGUACAAGAUUACAGAUGUUUCUGUUUAUUUUUACCUUAGGUUAAAAUUCUGCUGAUGUAGAUGGCUUCGUAGUCUGUUGUGAUUUGUCACUAGCAUUGUUUGGCAAGUAAAUAAUUGCAUGCAAAGGAAAUAAUGAUGUUGUAAAAGCAAAUACAUUUAUUCACUUUUGCCAUCUAUUAGCACUGUGAGUCAAUAGACGUACUUUCAAGUGCAGCAUUAAUAUGGAGUAUUUUUGGGAAUAGAAUGUGACUUUUGCAACUUGUAUCAGCUAUUAA